CGCGGAAUUUGGGGCAGCCAUGAGCGCGCUCAUUGCGCAACUGCACGCCACCGCACGCAACACCGUCUAGAAAUGCUACAUCGCCUCGUUCGUUCUCGCAGCGCUGCCGCGCGCGCUUCUUUCUCCAUCCAUACCACGUCGCAGCAAGCUGCCGGCCCCACAGCGGGGAAAGGUGCUUCGUCUUGCGUUGUCAACUCGCACAACGAAUGGGACCCACUUGAAGAAGUAAUUGUCGGGCGCAUCGAAGGCUCCACCAUUCCGGAAUGGCACGUGUCCGGGAAAGCAGUGUGGCCAUCACGAUACUGGGACAUGUAUAAAACCCAGGCGGGUCAGCCUUUUCCCGUUGACCUGAUGAAGGCUGCGGCGACGGAACUGGACUACCUCGCUCACGUUCUUGAGGGUGAAGGUGUCAAAGUCCGCCGCCCCGAGUUCAACCCCGACGACUUCAAGACCCCCGUCCAAACACCCGACUUCAAGAGUCUGGGAGGUCUCUACGCCGCCAUGCCCCGCGAUGUGCUCAUUGUUGUGGGCAAUGAAAUCAUCGAAGCUCCGAUGGCAUGGCGAUCUCGAUACUUCGAAUUCCGUCCGUACCGUCCGCUGUUGAAGGAAUACUUCCACCAGGGGGCCAAGUGGACAGCGGCGCCCAAGCCCCAGAUGAGCGACGCGCUGUAUAACGAGGACUGGGAGCCUGCAUCGGGCGACUUCAACUCGGUCGUGACAGAGUUUGAGCCCACGUUCGACGCAGCCGAAUUCACUCGCAUGGGCCGCGAUCUCUUUACGCAGCAAAGCCAAGUGACCAACAAGUUUGGGAUCGAGUGGAUGCGCCGACACCUAGGCGACGAAUACCGCAUCCACGUGCUGGACUUCAAAGACCGCAACGCGAUGCACAUUGACGGGACGUUCGUGCCGUUGAUGGAGGGAAAGAUCUUGGCAAAUCCGUACCGUCCGUGCGUGACUGGGAAGCCCGUCAAGACGUACACGUACAAGGACAAGGAGUACGAGUACCGCUUGCCCGAGAUGUUCAAGGGGUGGGAAGUGUUUGUCGCGCCGACCCCCGAAUUGCCUCCGACGCACCCGCUCUUCUUCACGAGUCCGUGGACAGCCACGUGCAACGUCUUGGUCGUGCGCCCCGGCGUCGUGAUUGUCGAAGCGCAUGAGAAGCCGGCGCAGAAGCUGUUUAAGGAGUGGGGCUUCAACGUCAUCCCGGUCCCGUUUCGCAACUUCAUGCCGUUCGGUGGGUCCUUCCACUGCGCGACAUGUGACGUGCGCCGCACCGGCACGCUCCAGUCGUACUUUGACUAGAACGCCAUAAAAAGGAAAAGCAAUGCACAGUCCCAUCGAGUGAGUA